AUGCAAUUCUCCAAGGUCGCUUUAUUAGCUGUUGCAGCUGCUCUCAUCAACGCUGAAGAAGUUGUUGAAGAAGUUUUACAUACCGAAGUUGUUACCAUCACUAGCUGUGAACCUUAUGCCACUGAAUGUCCAGUUGCUCCAGAGGAACCAGCUCCAGUUGCUCCAGAGGAACCAGCUCCAGUUGCUCCAGAAGAACCAGCUCCAGUUGCUCCAGAAGAACCAGCUCCAGUUGCUCCAGAAGAACCAGCUCCAGUUGCUCCAGAAGAACCAGCUCCGAUUGCUCCAGAAGAACCAGCUCCAGUUCCUGAAGAACCACCUGUUACUGUUUUGGCCCCUGUCUUCAACGAAACUAUUUACGAAGGUUCUGCUAACAAAUUUUCUGCUGGUGCCAUUGCUUUAGUUGCUGGUGCUUUAUUGGCUUUAUAG